GAGGCGGCGCCGCCGAGCCCCGCGAGCGCACACUGUUCUGCGCGAACCUCACCAGCUGGGGACCCACAGCCAGGCUGUGGAUGGCCAAGCAGAAGAUUGGCCAGGGGUACGACGCCUACGCGUUCCAGCAGACGCACGUGGGCAGCUCAAACUUAGAUUCCGUGGAGUGCGAACUUGUGAAGUUGGGAUACAAGGCGUGCUUCACGGCGGCGAGACCCAGCUCACGCUCCGAGAGGGGCUCCUGCGGAGGGACGGCGGUUGCCAUGAGGGGACACCUGCGGACCUCGAGUUUUCGGUGCCAAGCCAGGCAGACCACAGUCACGAAGGCGACGACCGACGUGAGCGGGGAGUGGAAAGCCGACCUGGACCUGCGCGACUGGACACCAGUCACGCGGCACUUUUCGGGGACGACAAUCACGGUGAUCAGCCUCUACCUGGACGUUGGCCAGUCGCUGCACGAGGGCAUCAACGCCCGCAAGCUGACAGCCCUCGCCUCGUUCUUGAAGGGGCUGAGCGGCGCAUGGAUCGUCUGCGGCGACUUCGACAAGGCGCCGUCGGAGAUGUGGGACUCAGGCUGGCCAGCUGCGAUGGGGGCGACAGCCAUCGUCUCGCUGCCAGACAGCGACUUCACCUGCCAGAUGGGAGAGCACGAGUCGAUGAUAGACAACGCCCUGGUGAACGAGCAAGGGCAGAAGCUGAUCAAGGGCGUGGAGGCGGUCUACGACGUGCCGUGGAAGCCGCACAUCGGGCUGAAGUUCACGCUCUACGCCGAGGCCCAGGACUUCGAGCAGGCGCUGGACAACGCACGGUGGGAGGCGCUGGCGCCAGUCGAGGCUGGCUGGACGGGUGCGGACGCGGACCCCUUCGCAGAUCUUGAAGAUCACAUCGAAGAGGAGCAGCUGCUGCAAAUAACAGAAGGCUCCGAGGCGGAGGUCCCUGACGAGCCCAGAGGGCAUGACGCGGACUACGUGACCAACAUUGUGGUAGACAGGACCUCGCAACUAACAGAGCGGACCUAUACCCUGGGAAACCGACAGACUGAACGCGAGGGGGAGGGCUCAGCCCGCGGACGCCACGAGAACCGCGAACACAGCGAGCGGCAUAGUCGGGGGACCUCGCCCGAGCCAGAGAGCAGCAGUAUCGAGGACGACCUGAGGAGAAGAAUCCGAGAGGCGGCUGCUGAAGUGGACACCACCACCAUGGGCCACGUCUGGGCGACAGCGCAGGCCCUGCAGGACCAGGAGCAGAGCGAGACCUCCGAGAUCCCCUCCUACAUCAGCAGCUGCGCGGCCUACCAGGUGGACGCGGCGGCAGCGAUGGAGCUAGGGGACCGCUUCGCGAACACCAUCGGCACGCCGGAGAGGUUCUAUUGCAUGACCUACCGCAUCGACCCCGUCGACAGGCACCACUUCACGGGCCGCGGCAAGGCCUACGAGCUGAAGGUCACCAACUCCAGGGAGUUCGGUGAGAGGAGGCUGAAGUUCAGCGAGCACAGCGCCGACUGGUGGGCCAGGGCCGAGGCCCUGCUCACCAUGCUGGCCAAGCUGAGGACGAGAGCUGGCGCCUACGACGGCAUGCCCCAGGCAGGCCGCGAGGCCUCGGAGACGGCACCCCUGCACCGCAGCAUCUGGCGGCAGAGGCUGGCGGCGCUGGAGGACCUCGACGUGGCCAUCGUCGAGGGCAUGGCCAUGCAGGCCGAGCAGGAGAGGAGAGCGGCGGUGAACAGGGACCUGAGGGAGAGCACGCGGAGCUUUGGGCGGUGGCUAGCCGCCGCAGAGAGGCAGCCAGGUGUGCUCCACAGGAUCACCAAGCCGCCCAGCAGACGCGAGGAGGAGCUGGCAACGGAGACGGGC